AUGUUAUUGUUGAAGGCGAUGGGUUUCUGCUUCUUUAAUAAUGUGGCCAUCACUGCUCGGUAUCUUCAGCAAAAGUAUCCCCAGCAGUGCGCUCGAAUUGCCAUCAUUGACUGGGAUGUGCAUCAUGGGAAUGGUACCCAGUUGUGCUUUGAGGAGGAUCCGAGUGUUUUGUAUCUUUCUCUUCACCGUCAUGACAAUGGAAAUUUCUUCCCCGGAACUGGAGCAGUGACGGAAGUGGGUCGAGGUGCAGGCAAGGGAUACUCGGUGAAUGUACCGUUCUCUGGAGGUGUAAUGAGGGAUGCUGACUACCUCGCGGCGUGGCGCGUGGUCGUACACCCGGUCCUGGAACAAUUCCAGCCCAAUUUCAUUCUGGUCUCAGCCGGUUUUGAUGCGUGUUGUGGUCAUCCGAAUGCUCUUGGCGGGUAUAAAAUUUCUGCAGAAAUGUUCGGGUUCAUGACUCGACAACUGAUGGGAUUCGCAGGUGGCCGAGUUGUCCUGGCUUUGGAAGGAGGCUACGAUCUCGCAAGCAUUUCGGACGCGGCAGAGCAGUGUGUUAAGGUUAUUGCAAUUCACAAAGGAUAUUGGCCAAAUCUAACGGCUGAACAGGGUCUAUCUAUUAGUGAGCUUCAUUGGCAGACCGUUGGUAGACAGUUCCAGAAUCUAACGAUGGGAACCGUUUAG